CAACCUCUGCGUCGCACCAAGAGAAAGGUAAAAAGACCGGCCAAAAUGGGCAUCUUCAGCAGCAGCAAGAAGAAGAACAAGAAGAAGCUCGCGAACGCGCAGGCGGACGCCACGGGCGCGUCCUUCGCGUACCACCGCAACACGACGGCGCUGGUCAUCAAGUACAACCUUCAGUACUUCCCAAUGUCCAUCCUCCGCCGCUCCCCGAUGAACCUCCUGGACCUUCCGUACCUGCUCAUCAAGUGGGUGCUGUUCUUCAUCCUGAGCAUCCUCGAGAUUCCGUAUAACAUCGUCAUGAGGAUUAUCUCGCCGGUGUUGCGCCCGAUCAACCGCUUCGUGAUCGCGCCGCUCAUGGCGGUGUACUUUUGGGUGGUCUUCUUCCCGAUAAGCUUCCUGAUCCGCGUGACGCAGAUUCCGAGGAUCAUCGGUCUGCUGCUCGGCAACGUCGUCGGCCGCACGUUGUGGAGGAUCAUCACGUUCCCGUUCCUGUACCCGCCGAUCAACUGGACUAUCGACCUCCUCCGGCUUCUCAACCCGAUGCGGUACCUCCCGGUGCCCCCGCCGGGGUACUUCAACCGCGGGACGACGAGCGGCAAGAAGGUCAAGAAGACGCCGAGCAAGAAGCGCUGAGCGGCGGUCGUCGGAGGUGGUUGAAGAUUAACGCUGCUUGAGGGGAGAUGCGUUAGUACCCCUUGUUACAUAAUACGCGGAGGGAGGAGGAAAACGGAGGACGCGCGCGCGUCGCCGCCGAAGAAGGCUGGCGAAUCAGCCGCGACGAACAUGUCUAUAAGAUAUUUAAUACCCCUCUUGAUUAAAAACUGAAAGAGUAUCC